AUGUGUCUAGGUAAAUUACAUGAUACCAUUUACGAAGUAUCGGUCAAUAUGCAUGGCGCUGCUAGUGGUUCUGGCUCGACAUCAGUUACCACAAAAAUUGAUCGUACAAGAGUUACGGUGACCAGUUUAGCGAGCAGUAACGUGGCCGCCUCGCGGUAUCAUGAUUCUGUCGCCAAUAACAACAACAACAACAAUAACAAUUCUAGCAACAUCAUCAACGAAAACAUCCAUACGAUCAUAACCAACAGCACAACAAACGGAAUGGGCACUGGUGACAUCGCAUUAGCACCAACAACCAGGAUGAGUCCUCCAACGAGCAUGGACACCUCUGAAGGCACGACCUUGAUAACCACCGGAGAGCCUACUAUGAUAGCUCCGAUGGUCAAGGCAGAAAGUCCUGACAUAGCUGCGGGCACCUCAGUCGGUUCUACGGCCUCCACAACUGCCACAGGACACUCUGUUGUUGGUCCUGGGGGGUCACUUUUUGCCGGAAUCGCCAACAGCAAUAAGCGACCCAGACCCGAUGACUGACGUACAACUGGUGAUGACAGUUGUCAUGAAGAGCAAAGGCCUAGCAGGGUCGAGUGCGCAUGA